GACUGAGUAGUCCUCCUGUCCGCCUCGUGGCGCCCUCAGACAGAGGCGUCACUCUCCCCGUCUCGAAUCCUUCCACUCUUUCCUUCGUUCAUCUCCCGCUUCUAUCGAUGGGGUUGCCUAAGUGGGAGGGGGUCGUGGAGGGCGUUUCCCCGGUCGCCGCGCGGCGUCAUUCCCAGCAUGCAGCGCGGCCUGCUCGUGCCGCCGUUCCUGUCACCGCUGCCUCUCCUGGUGCCAUCGCUUUCGCAGCUGCUGCUGCCGCCGCCGCGGGGCUGGGAGAUAUGGCGGAGGGAGGCGCGGCGGAUCUGGAGACCCAGCGCUCGGACAUCGCGGCGCUGCUCAAAACGGCUCUCCGCAAGGGCGACACCUGGUAUUUAGUGGAUAGUCGCUGGUUCAAACAGUGGAAAAAGUAUGUUGGAUAUGACAGCUGGGACAAAUAUCAGAUGGGAGAUCAGAAUGUUUAUCCUGGUCCUAUUGACAAUUCUGGACUUCUCAAAGAUGGGGACUGUCAGUCUCUUAAAGAACAUCUCAUUGAUGAGCUGGACUACAUUCUUUUACCAACUGAAGGCUGGAACAAGUUAGUAAGCUGGUAUACUCUUAUGGAUGGCCAGGAACCAAUUGCACGCAAGGUAGUUGAACAGGGUAUGUUUGUCAAGCACUGCAAAGUAGAAGUAUAUUUGACAGAAUUAAAAUUGUGUGAAAAUGGAAAUAUGAACAAUGUAGUAACCAGAAGAUUUAGUAAAGCUGAUAUGAUAGACACAAUUGAAAAGGAGAUAAGGAAAAUCUUCAAUAUUCCAGAUGAUAAAGAGACCAGGUUGUGGAACAAAUACAUGAGUAACACAUUUGAACCUUUAAAUAAACCAGACAGUACCAUACAAGAUGCUGGCUUGUACCAAGGGCAGGUAUUAGUGAUAGAACAAAAAAACGAAGAUGGAACCUGGCCAAGAGGUCCUUCAGCUCCAAAGUCCCCAGGUGCAUCCAAUUUUUCAACUUUACCAAAGAUCUCUCCAUCUCUAUCAAAUAAUUAUAACAACAUCAACAGCAGAAAUGUGAAAAAUUCAAAUUAUUGCCUCCCUUCAUACACUGCUUAUAAGAAUUAUGACUAUUCAGAGCCAGGAAGGCACAAUGAACAGCCUGGCCUCUGUGGCUUAAGUAACUUGGGAAAUACAUGUUUCAUGAACUCAGCAAUUCAGUGUCUGAGCAACACCCCUCCACUCACAGAAUACUUCCUCAAUGAUAAAUAUCAAGAAGAGCUGAAUUUUGACAAUCCUUUAGGAAUGCGAGGUGAAAUUGCAAAAUCUUAUGCAGAGCUCAUCAAGCAGAUGUGGUCAGGAAAAUACAGUUAUGUCACUCCCAGAGCAUUUAAGACGCAAGUAGGACGAUUUGCACCACAGUUUUCUGGAUAUCAGCAACAAGAUUGCCAAGAACUCCUAGCCUUUCUUCUUGAUGGCUUGCAUGAGGAUCUGAAUCGAAUUAGAAAAAAGCCUUACAUUCAACUAAAAGAUGCUGAUGGAAGGCCAGAUAAGGUGGUUGCUGAAGAAGCUUGGGAGAACCAUUUGAAGCGAAAUGAUUCCAUCAUUGUUGAUAUAUUUCAUGGACUUUUUAAAUCAACCCUAGUUUGUCCAGAAUGUGCUAAGAUCUCUGUAACAUUUGAUCCUUUUUGUUACUUGACUCUUCCAUUACCCAUGAAAAAAGAACGCACUUUGGAAGUUUAUUUAGUUAGAAUGGAUCCGCUUGCCAAACCUAUGCAGUACAAAGUAGUAGUUCCAAAAAUUGGAAAUAUACAGGAUCUCUGCACAGCAUUGUCAACUUUAUCCGGUGUUGCUGCAGAUAAGAUGAUAGUUACUGAUAUAUACAAUCAUAGGUUCCAUAGGAUAUUUGCAAUGGAUGAAAAUCUGAGUAGUAUUAUGGAGCGUGAUGACAUUUAUGUAUUUGAAAUUGGCAUCAACAGAACCGAAGAUACAGAGCAAAUUGUAAUUCCAGUUUGUUUAAGGGAAAAGUUUCGGCACAGCAGUUACAGCCACCAUAGUGGCUCCACACAUUUUGGUCAACCUUUCCUUAUAGCAGUGCCUAGAAACAAUACUGAAGAUAAGCUGUAUAAUAUUCUGCUUCUGAGAAUGUGCCGAUAUGUGAAAACUUCUACUGAAGCGGAAGACACUGAAGCAUCCUUGCAGUGCUGCAAGGACAACAGUAUCAAUGGUAAUGGCCCAAAUGGAAUUCAUGAAGAAGGAUCCCCAAGUGAAAUGGAAACAGAUGAACAAGAUGAUGAAUCCAGCCAAGAUCAGGAACUUCCUUCUGAAAAUGAAAACAGUCAGUCAGAAGACUCUGUUGGAGGAGAUAAUGAUUCUGAGAAUGGGUUAUGCACAGAGGAUUCCUGCAAGGAUCAACUUAUAGGGCACAAAAAACGAUUGUUCACAUUCCAGUUUAACUGUUUAGGCAAUACUGACAUCAAUUAUGUUAAAGAUGAUACCAGGCAUAUUCGAUUUGAUGACAGGCAACUUAGGCUAGAUGAAAGAUCUUUCUUGGCUUUGGAUUGGGAUCCUGAAUUUAAAAAAAGAUACUUUGAUGAAAAUGCCGCUGAGGAUUUUGAAAAACAUGAAAGUGUGGAAUAUAGACCUCCAAAAAAGCCCUUUGUGAAAUUAAAAGAUUGCAUUGAAUUGUUCACAACAAAGGAAAAGCUAGGUGCUGAAGAUCCGUGGUAUUGCCCAAACUGUAAAGAACAUCAGCAAGCUACCAAAAAACUAGAUUUGUGGUCACUGCCACCAGUAUUGGUAGUGCAUCUAAAACGUUUUUCUUACAGCAGAUAUAUGAGAGAUAAGUUGGAUACUUUGGUUGACUUCCCUAUAAAUGAUUUGGAUAUGUCAGAGUUCCUUAUUAAUCCAAAUGCUGGGCCUUGCUGCUAUAAUUUGAUUGCUGUUUCAAACCACUAUGGAGGCAUGGGAGGAGGGCAUUACACUGCUUUUGCAAAAAACAAAGACGAUGGGAAAUGGUACUACUUUGAUGACAGUAGUGUGUCCACUGCAUCUGAGGCACAAAUAGUGUCUAAAGCAGCAUAUGUGCUGUUCUACCAGAGACAGGACACAAUCAGCGGAACUGGCUUUUUCCCUCUUGACCGGGAAACAAAACAAGGUGCAUCUGCUGCCACAGGCAUCCCAUUAGAGAGUGAUGAAGACAGUACUGAGAAUGACAAUGAUAUAGAAAAUGAAAAUUGUAUGCACACCAACUAAUGGAAGACCUAGAAGCCAUACAGAGAAAAACUUUCUUGUGGGAUAUAUCUGUUGAAACAUUGAAAUUAUCCACCAAAUUAAAAAUAAAAUCUGAGAUGGGAAAUUUCAGAUGACAGAAUGUAAAUCCUUAUUACAUUUUAACUUGCGCAGUACUUGAAGUGAAACACAAUGAAAAUAUUAACAGAAUUCGACUCUUAAUACCUUUACAAUCUUGUAUUCACAAGCUAUAUAUAGGAAAUCACAAAUAAAUCCCUUUACAGUUUC